AUGCCAGAGAUGGCCAAGAAGAUCCACGACGUCCAGCUCGCGACGAUCCAGCAUUUUGUAAUUGAUAUUCCAGUGGAUCCCGUUACUCUACUCGACCGUGCAGAUGACAGCUCACCUGCUAACCCAAUGCGAGUUCGGCUCAGUCCCCAGGCACUUUGCUCCCUGCCAAAGGACGUCCGUGGACGCAUAAUAUGCAGCCCUCAAACCAAUAGUGCGUACUUAAUGAUUCAGAGGCCAGGCGGCUCUUCCUGCCUCAAAACGGGGAUUCGCACUAGAGUAGCAGGCAUAGGUGAGUCAUUCGGUGGUUUUUGGGUAGUGGAGUCUGGCGUAUGUUCCAGCGGUAAGGUCAAGUUCGCAGCUUUCGCUUUUGGUUGA